UGGACCUUCUAUAUGCUUGGUACCGAAACGGAUGUAACGAACGUCUUCUCAACGAAACAGUGGAAAAGGGAACUCGACCUGAAAUUGAUGUUUCAGAUGACGAGCUUGUUUCUCGACCUCUAGUUGUAGAUCAUCUUAAAAAAAUUUUUCAACCGUAUAGAAAUCAAUCAUUUUAUCACAUGGUUUGCGGUGAACAUGGAUCUGGGAAAACUACGCUGACAAGGAUUGCAUCGAGUGAAGUUGGACACGGAGUCAUAUACGUUGAUGUUCCUGCGAAUUUUGAGAAAUUUGCUGAGGAGUUUUCAAGAGCUAUUAAUUUCACAUUUGAGGAACAUAUCUCCUUUACAGCACAGUUGAUGAAGAAAAUCUUGGGAUAUACUAAUAAUAAAUUUAAUUAUCCUAAGUGGGUAAGAGCCAUGGAAGCCUUUAAACGUGCUUCUGCCGUGUACAAAAAGAAGCAUAAUAAACCACCG